AUGGAAGUUACGGAGUUCAGGCUCAACUAUCAUCUUGGCACGGGAGGAGGCGGACGCGAAGCAAGAUACAAUGUCUGCCAAGUGCUUAUGAACCAUCACAUUUCGCACGCCAUAUGGUUUGAAGACACUCUCGACUACUACGGUGUUCCUACUGCUGUGUUUGAUCUGUAUAUUCUGGUUCAGGAUAUUGACAUGGCUGCCACUAUCCUGGCGAAGGCGGGGUGGCUAUUCGAUAUGCACAUACCGCAUCUCGUUGGGAAUGCACAGGUGAAUCUGGUGGACUUUCCUCAGCAGCGAUUGAUAUCCCCGGACGGUGAGACGAGAAUGGUUCUCCUCCCUGCGACAGACUGGAAGUUUCCUCUGACAUCUGAUACCCGAUUGGAAUUUGUGCCUUGGAAAGUCAUGCCAUCGCUCAAGGUGCCAUUUCCGCCACUGGCAGGCUUUCUGGAUGCGUUGAUCGAGAGCUGGCUAGAUUGCCCCAGCAACUAUGAGAUGCUAUCACUCGUUUUGGCUUGCCAAAUUUCUUAUCUAUACGCGCAUGUUCCGGCUUUGAAAGAGAAGUCGUUUUCCGAGCAACUGAGGUUUGAACAUCGUCAGUUUCACUUCGAUGUGUUGGCAGGAAUGGAGACUGGUACAAUUCCCUUUCGAAAACAUCAGCUAGCAAUCCGUGAUGCGCUGUUAUGGGGCCAGUAUGAAUUGCGGGAGUGCUCUGCUUCACGUGACAAUAGAGAUUUGUUUGACCCCUUUGGAGGGAUCAGUUUCGAAUCGGUUGGGGAGGAGCACGAUGAGGAUUCUCAUGAAGCCACAUAG